AUGGUGUCGAGUGUAAAACUGAUCUUGGCUUUCACAGUCUUGGCCACUUUGGCUUGCAGGGGGUAUGCCAUUAAGUGUUAUCAGUGCGAUUCCUUGACUAAUUCCAAAUGUGGAAAGGAUUUAAAGUCGAAUGAUGAUCUGAUUUUGGAUUGUACCAGGAUCGCUCCUCCUCGAUUUCUUCAAAACUUUUUCCCAGUUCACAAUGCCACCGGUUGCAUGAAGCAGACUAUCGAUGUUCCUGGUAACCCCCAGAUAGUAAGGAGCUGCUACUUUGGCGACAUUAACGACAAGAAGACCGGAUGUCAGACUGAUACCUCCCUGACGACUAACAAGCUUCUGAGCUGCGAGGUUUGCACCAAGGACGAGUGCAACGGAUCCUCCUCACUGGCCCCCAUUGCCGGAGUCAUUCUACUCUUCUUCGGCGUGGCUUGUCUGUUGGCCUAAAUUUGUAGUUUUUAUUACUAACACCGCUGGAGCAUCCCAACCAUAUCGAACAUGCUUAUAAAAACACCUCAAAGGCUUUAGUCACUUUUAAAUCUCUCUUAAUUGUUAUUCACCUUUUAAGCAAUUUUUGUCCACAAUAAAAUUCACGUUAUUUAUUUGAAA